CAGUCACCGAUCAAGCACAGGUUAACCGGUUUGGCCGGCGCGACGCACCCCUCCACCAGCGGCAAGCCGGCGGCGACGCCCCCGCACGCCGUGAUAUAGGCCCGUCCCCGUCCGAACGACACGACCUAGCCCCAAACCCAACCACGCGCACAGAGAAGAAACAAAAAUCCCGAGCCCACCACCACCGCCACCAUACUCCCCUCCCUCCUCGCCACCGUCGGCUCCCUCGCCACAGGCACCGUCGCGGCCCUCGCGGCGGCUGCGGCGGGGGCGGCGGCGAACGCGGGCUCCCUCCCCCGCGCCCGCUUCGCGGGGUCGGCCGUUGUGGCGGCCGCCAUGUCGACGGCCCGCGUCUACGCGGACGUGAACGUGCGCCGCCCCAGGGAGUACUGGGACUACGAGGCCCUCUCCGUCCAAUGGGGUGAGCAGGAUGAUUAUGAGGUCGUGCGGAAAGUAGGCAGAGGGAAAUACAGUGAAGUCUUUGAAGGGAUUAAUGUAACAAACGAUGAGCGUUGCGUCAUUAAAAUCCUCAAGCCUGUUAAGAAAAAGAAGAUAAAGAGGGAAAUAAAGAUUCUUCAGAACCUUUGUGGUGGUCCAAAUAUUAUUAAGCUUCUUAAUGUCGUCAGAGACCAGCAAUCAAAAACUCCAAGUUUGGUAUUUGAAUAUGUAAACAGCACAGAUUUCAAAGUUCUCUAUCCAACAUUUACAGACUAUGACAUCCGGUUCUAUAUUUAUGAACUUCUUAAGGCAUUAGAUUACUGUCAUUCCCAAGGAAUUAUGCAUCGUGAUGUCAAGCCUCACAAUGUUAUGAUUGACCAUGAGCUUCGCAAGCUUCGCCUGAUUGAUUGGGGACUUGCUGAGUUUUACUUUCCUGAGAAGGAGUACAACGUUCGUGUUGCUUCGAGGUAUUUUAAGGGGCCUGAAUUGCUUGUUGACUUCCAAGGGUACGACUACUCUUUGGAUAUGUGGAGCCUUGGCUGUAUGUUUGCUGGAAUGAUAUUCCGCAAGGAACCAUUCUUCUAUGGUCACGACAACCAUGACCAGCUUUUCAAAAUAGCCAAGGUGCUAGGUACAGAUGAACUUAAUGCUUAUUUGGGAAAAUACAGAAUUGUGCUUGAUCCUCAGCUAGAGGCACUGAUUGGGAGGCAUAACAGGAAAUCUUGGUCCAAGUUUGUCAAUGCUGAAAAUAGGCAUCUCGUGUCCGAAGAGGCCAUCGACUUUCUUGAUAAACUUCUUCGCUUUGACCAUCAAGAUAGGCUUACAGCCGAAGAAGCCAUGGCGCAUGAGUACUUUCAUCAGGUGAGGGCAGCAGAAAACAGCAGGGGGAGAACGUAGCCAAGAACCCAAGAGAGCCAAGAGAAUUGAGACGCGAAAGCUGCUUCUGUUGAACAGUUGUGGAAUUAGAUCCAUCUAGCAUCGAAUUGAUGCAGAAGUUGAUUACUUGACCUGAUGGUUGGGACGCUGUCAUGAAUCUCUGAUUGGCUCCUAAUUUUUUUUAUUUUUUUAUUACUUGGAAGUUUAAACCACGAGUCUACAAAACAGACAGGCUACGCGUUGUCAUGACUUGAUGAUUAGUUUUUCCAUGCAACUAAAAGUUCUUGA